AUGCCGCGACGUGCGGCGGUCUCGAACGUGCCCAGCGCAAGGGCGACGAGGGCGCGGGGAGCUGCCACGAGAGCUCCAGCAGCGAAGAGCGCCAAAGGCAAGCCUGCGGGGAGUGCCAGCAAGAAAAGGAAAGCAGAGAGUGACAGCGACGAGCUGUCCGAGCCCACGGGGUUGACGAGCGAGUCGGGGUCGGACUCUGAGCUGUCGGACGCAUCGGAUUUCGAGCCUGAUGCCGAUGUCGAGGACGACGACGAGCCCGAGGCGAUCGAGGCGAUCAGCGUGUUGGAUGAUAGCGCGGAUGACGAGGACGAGGCACCGCCGCUCAAGAAGGCGCGCUCUAGCCUUGCUAGAGAUCAGAAGCAGAAGCAGCCGGCCAAGGGUAAGAAGCUCCUCACUGGCCCCGGCCGGCUGGAGGUCAAAGUCGUGAACGGACGCCGGGUCACGGCGCUCGGCGAAGAGCUUGACGACGACAGUGACGACCUCGACCUUGAGGAUGGCCAGGAGGUUGUGGGGCGGACGUACCCCGCACCGCGAAGUGGACGGGUACCGCCUGGGCGUAUUUCGCGCAAUACGCUUGCCUUCCUCGAGGCGCUGAUGGAUCCGGCGAACAACGACCGUGACUGGUUCCGCUCGCACGAGCCCGCGUUCCGUCAAGCCGAGAAGGAGUUUCGCGACUUUGUCGACGUGCUGCAAGAGAAGAUGGCCGAGGUGGACGAAGAGGUACCGGUGCUGCCGGCGCGCGAUAUUUGUCACCGAAUCUACCGCGAUGUGCGUUUUUCCUCCGACAAGACGCCCUACAAAUGCAACUUUGCCUUCACGACAUCGCGCGGUGGCCGCAGAGGCAUCUGGGCAAAGUAUCACCUUUACAUCGAGCCGGGGUACAGCCUGAUUGCGUGCGGCCUGUGGCAGCCCGACAAGGCCGUGCUGCAGCGUCUGCGCGACCGCCUCCUAGGUAACCCGGGGCCUGAUCCCUUCCGCGAGGCAAUCUCCAAGCCUGAGUUCGUUGAGCUCUUUGGGCCGCCGCAGCCCAACGGGCGCCGUCAGAAUGUCUUUGGGCACUCAGACGAGCUCAAAGUCGCGCCCAAGGGGAUCGAGAAGACGCACCCUCUCAUUGAUUUGCUGCGUCUGCGCACAAUUGCCGUCGUCAAACACUUCACGGACGAUCAGGUCCUCGACCCAAACUUUGCUGACAUGCUCGCCGGCGUCGUCGGCGUCAUGGAGCCGUUCGUGCACAUGCUCAACGACUACAUCACUCCGUCGUAG